UUUAUGUUUAUCGUCCUAGGUAAUACCGAAUACUUGUCAAGUAAUCGUUUUCUUGAGUGUUGGAAUAAUUGAAACGUAUAACAAGAGAUUUGCAGUGUCAUUCGUGUACACGAAGUAGAUGGCUAAAACUCUCCAAUUCCUUUGUGGAUUUAUGUAUAAAAGGCAUUUAUAAUAAAGUGUUCGGCCAAGCAAUAUACAAGCGAACGCACCUCACCGAAGAUUAUUAUUAUUGCACUUAAUAACUUGUAACGCUACUAUGAAUUUUUUGAGCACUGUUUUGAUAAUUGUGCUUGUCGCACAAGUAUUUGGAAAUCCACAAGGAACACAUUACACCGAUAGAGGAAAUCAAGGUAACUAUAAUAACGGUAACAGCGGUUCAUUUCAACAACGUCCUCAACAACAACAGAGACCAGAGCAUAACAGUGGAUCUGGAAGUUAUUCUAAUGUAGGAUCUUCAAAUAAUUCAGGAUCUCUCGGAUCUUCAGAAGUCACAGGAAUUGGAUAUAACCAAACCGGUAAUGGUACAGAUCUAGACAGCAGAUUUGGACUUUUCGGUGGAAAUCAUGGUAGCAGCGGAUUUACCGGCUUAUUACAAAAUUUAUUAAACCGGCCAUCAAGUUCAGGCCAUCACGGUUCUAGUAACUUUUUUCGGCCUAUCAGUAAUAAUUGGAAUGGUGAAUCAAGCGGACAAGGUGGCUAUGGAUCAAAUAAUAAUGGAUAUUUUGGAAAUAAUGGUUAUGGCAAUAAUAGAAACGAAUAUGAAAACUCAGAAUAUAAUCAAGGUGGUUACAGAAAUCCAUCCAGUCCAGUUAGAGAAAUAGCAAGUAAUAUGUUUAGCAACAGAGGUACUCAAACCGAAUCACAACAAAAUGGUGGACUUUUUGGAUCAAUAUCAUCAAGUAGUAAUCCAUUGAUGAAUGUUUUAAGUGGAGUUGCUAAUUUUGCUAGUGGAGCAUUUUCUAAUAGCGAUGAAGAUUAGUAAAUAUUUUCGAUUUAAAAUCAAAAUACUGUAGAAAAAAAUUGUUUUUUGAUAGACCAAUUUCUAUUUAUAAAUUAACUUUUAAUGUUUUAAAACAAACUAACAAAUAAAUAUUCAGACAUUGAAUUAAAUUUUGUAAGACUAUUUUAUAUGUGACUAUUAAUUUUAUUAAAUAGACUUAAUUGUAUUGA